CGGUCACACUGAUUUUUGGACAUGAAAACAUGUGCACGUUUUAAUGCAACACAUUUUAAAAAUUUGCAGCAAUGAGCAGUACAGAAAAGAUACCAAAGUUUCAUGAGCUCGAGUUGGACCAUCGCGUCCUCAAGGCAGUGUCGAAGCUGGGAUGGGAGCAGCCCACGCUGAUCCAGGGCACGGCUAUUCCGCUGCUGCUUGAGGGCAAGGAUGUUGUGGUUCGCGCUCGCACUGGCUCCGGGAAGACGGCCACCUAUGCCCUGCCGUUGAUACAGAAAAUUCUUAACUCUAAGCUCACUGCCACCGAACAAUGUGUGAGCGCUGUGGUAUUGGCCCCAACCAAAGAGCUGUGCCGGCAGUCGCGCGCAGUCAUCGAGCAGCUGGCUGAAUUUUGCCACAAGGUUGUGCGUGUUGCGGACAUUUCUGGCACAACAAGUAAUACUGCGACGGAACGACAUGCCCUCGCCGAGCGCCCCGACAUUGUUGUGGCCACUCCAGCCAAGCUUCUGACCCAUGCCAAGGCCGACGGUGUAUUGGACCUGAAGAAAGUCGAGACUCUGGUGGUGGAUGAGGCAGAUCUGAUAUUUGCCUUCGGCUAUGAAAUGGAUUUCAAGGCAUUGCUAAAACAUCUGCCUUCCAUAUACCAAUCGGUGCUCGUCUCGGCCACACUUUCAGACGACGUGGUACGCAUGAAGGGUCUGUGCCUCCACAAUCCCGUCACGCUAAAGCUGGAGGAGCCCGAUGUGGUGUCGCAGGAUCAGCUCACCCACCAGCGCAUCCUCGCCGAAGAGAACGACAAGCCGGUCAUCCUUUACGCCUUGCUCAAGCUGCAACUCAUACGCGGCAAGACCAUUAUAUUCGUCAACACCAUCGAUCGCAGCUACAAGAUUCGCUUGUUUUUGGAGCAGUUUGCCAUACGGGCCUGCGUUCUCAACCCUCAGCUGCCGGCCUCGAUUCGCAUCAACAUGAUCAGCCAGUUCAACAAGGGCACCUACGACAUCAUCAUUGCCUCCGAUCAGCAUUACCUAGAACGGCCUGAUAACGGAUCCCAGGACAAGCGCAAGUGCGCGCGCGGCGAUUUCGAGUCGAGUGCCUCGCGUGGCAUCGACUUCCAGUCGGUGAACAAUGUGAUCAACUUUGACUUUCCGCUCGAUGUUACCUCCUACAUUCAUCGCGCUGGACGCACGGCCAGAGGCAACAACAAGGGCUCUGUUCUGUCCCUCGUUAGCAUCAAGGAGUCUGGCGUAAACGAUGCCGUAGAGAAGAAACUUCGAGUGACCUUCAGUGCCAAAAAGGGCGACACGAUCAUUAAAAACUACCAAUUCAAAAUGGACGAGCUGGAGUCCUUCCGCUACCGUGCCUACGAUGCCUGGCGUGCUGCCUCCCGGGUCGCCGUCCAGGAGACGCGCUUACGCGAAAUCAAAACCGAGGUGCUCAACAGCGUGAAGCUCAAGGGCUACUUCGAAGAUCAUCAGCGCGAUCUGAACGCUCUGCGUCACGACAAGCCUCUGCGCAUCCUGAAAACGCCCACCCAUUUGUCCGACAUGCCCGAGUACAUGGUCCCCAAGGUACUUAAGCGUGUCGUCGCCUCUAAAGCCUCUGGCCCUGCCAACGAAUCCUCCUCGGACUCCAAACGACCUCGUCAGACGGCCGCCAAGGCAGCCUACGACCGAAAGACCAACGAUCCCCUAAUGGUUGAGUUUGGCAAUCGGCGUCCCAACACCAGACAAAAAAAGAAGAAACCCUUGUAGGUGAGGGGUUCUGAACACGCGUAUGUUAUAUAUUAUAGUUAUAUGUGUAAGCUUUUAGUCUGUAGUCUGUCUGGAAUAAAAAAUGCCUAUAUUAGCAGUUGAAAAUCGUU